GUGAGAUUUGACGAGGUAUACGUAGGGCACUUCAAAUGCAACAGCGCCCGUGUGGCGGACUACCCCAACACGGAGAACUACGUACGUGACAUCUACCAGUACAAGAAUGUCUCGGAGAGUGUCAACAUGCCCCACAUCAAGCAUCACUACCACCGAUCCCAUCCGUCCAUCAACCCCUACGGCAUCGUCCCCGUGGGUCCUGGCGUAGACUUUUCACAGGCACAUGAUCGCGACAGAUUCAAUUGA